AUGACCUGUGUCAGGAGGAUGCUGCAGCACGCUCUCAAAGUAUCCGGUCGCAGCGCGUCCCCUCUGGUCAAGUGGGUGGAGAGGUGGGCCGAGAGCGCGUCAGACCUGAAGCGGGGCGAGCAGGCGGUGAAGACGCUGCGGGACAUGCCCGGACCGUCCGCCGCCGGGUUCGCGUGGGACCUGUUCGCCAGACGGGGUCUGUCACGACUGCACGAGCUGCAGCUGGAGGGGGUGCAGCGGUACGGACCCAUGUGGAAGGCCAGUUUUGGCCCCAUCCUCACCGUGCAUGUGGCCGAGCCGGCGCUCAUAGAGCAGGUCCUGAGGCAGGAGGGCCAGCAUCCCAUGCGAUCGGACCUGUCCUCCUGGAAGGACUACCGGAAGCUCAGAGGACACAGCUGCGGACUCUUAACGUCAGAGCGGGAGGAGUGGCAGGCCGUCCGCAGUCUGCUGGGGAAACACAUGCUGCGGCCCAAGGCAGUGGAGGCGUACGACAAGACGCUGAACAGCGUGGUCGAAGACCUGAUCGCCAAGCUGCGCAUGCGCCGCCAGCCGCAGGGCCUGGUGACGGAUGUCAGCAGCGAGUUCUACCGCUUCGGCCUGGAGGGCAUUUCUUCGGUGUUGUUUGAGUCCAGGAUUGGCUGCAUGGAUGCCGUUGUUCCUGCAGAGACCGAGCGUUUCAUCCAGUCCAUCAACACCAUGUUUGUGAUGACUCUUCUCACCAUGGCCAUGCCCCGAUGGCUGCACCAGCUGUUCCCCAAGCCCUGGAACACCUUCUGCCAGUGCUGGGACUACAUGUUUGACUUCGCGAAAGGUCACAUUGACCAGCGUCUGAACGAAGAGGCGAAGAAGGUGGCCCGUGGAGAGAAGGUGGAGGGACGAUAUCUCACUUAUUUCCUGUCGCAGAAAGGCCUGCCGAUGAAGACGGUCUACAGCAACAUCACAGAGCUUCUCCUGGCAGGAGUGGACACGAUCUCCAGCACCAUGUCCUGGUCAUUGUACGAGCUGUCCCGUCACCCCGGCGUGCAGGCGGCCCUUCGGGAGGAGGUCCUGACUGUCCUCAAUGGCCGUCGCGUAGCUGAAGCGGCGGAUGUGGCGCGUAUGCCUCUGAUGAAGGCCACGGUGAAGGAAGUGCUCAGAUUAUACCCUGUUAUUCCAGCCAACGCACGAGUCAUUACAGGGAAGGACAUCCAGGUUGGCGGGUACCUCAUCCCUAAAAAAACUCUAAUCACUCUGUGCCACUUUGCAACAUCCCGGGACCCGGCCAUAUUCCUGAACCCAGAUGAAUUCAAACCACAGCGCUGGCUGGACCGGGACCAGGGUCACCACCCGUAUGCCUCUGUCCCCUUCGGGGUGGGCAAACGCAGUUGCAUUGGCCGCCGUAUUGCAGAGCUGGAGCUCUAUCUUGCACUUGCCAGAAUUCUGGUUGAAUUUGAAGUGAAGCCAGACCCAGAGGGGUGUGCAGUGAAGCCCAUGACGCGGACCCUUCUAGUUCCUGAAAGUGUCAUUAGCCUCCAGUUUAUUGAACGGUGA